ACCAUGAUGGUGUAUGUGUUUAGGACGUGUCAGUACGGUUUACUGUGAUGGACCAGGACCGGCACACUGGACCUACUGAGUUGGGUCGAGCCACUGUUUCUCUCAAAGAAGCAAAGCAAACUGUUCAGGAUCCAGAGAGGAGUACACUCACUCUUUUCCUCACUCAGCAGAAGAAAGAAAAUGGCGAAAUACAGUUUGGACUCAGCUAUCUGCCCACUGCACAGAGACUCUCCAUUAACCUAGGGAAAGCGUCCAAUCUGAGGUUUGACAAGGAAGAUCAGCAAAAUAACAGCAAAAAACCAAAUCCGUACGUGAAGUUGUUCUUUUUCAACCAAUCCGGCCGAUUGGUGAAAAAGAAGAAAUCGGCGAUUAAAUACGAUACUAAAGAACCGUUCUUCGACGAGACUAUUCAUUUCGAGGCUGAGCCUGCACAGUUGGAGAAUCAUACUGUACUGGUCGUCUUACUUAGCAAACAUGAACAAGAGGAGGACUUAGAUGAUGUAGGCGAAGGAAUGAUAGGUUUAGACCUUGAUAGUUCAGAUGCUGAAUCCUACUAUAGGUUUAAUCUUUCCAGUGCUGAUAGAGGGAGGAAAGCAUCGUCUAGUGGAAAACAAAAAGAUAGUGUUCUUGGAGUUUUAUGUCUAGGGAAGCAUGUAAGAGGCGAUAAAGAGCGAGAACAAUGGAACAAGAUGAUGGACAGUCCUAGAAAAGUAUUUACAAUCCUCCAUUCUCUCAAAUAGAACUUUAAACAAAACAAAACUUAACCUCAACAAGAUCCAAAUCAAACAUAAUAUAUCAAAGCAAACCAAACUAAACCAAGAAAAUUCAGGAAACACAUACAACCCAACCCGAACAAAAUUAAGAAAAAUCUCGAAAUUUUAA